AUGGAGUGCAAGUUCAGUGCGGUGACAAGUGAGGAGGAUGUGAAAGUGAAGUUGGACUCGCAAGUCAUCCCAAAUAGAGGGAGUUUCAAGUACCUUGGGGCCAUGAUCCAAGAUAAUGGGGAGAUUGAUGAGGAUGUUACGCACCAUAUUAGGGCAGGAUGGUUGAGAUGGAGGCUCGCAUCUAGUGUCUUGUGUGACAAGAAGGUACCACCAAAACUUAAAGGGAAGUUCUACAUAUUAGUGAUUAGACCGGCACUGUUAUGUGGAGUGGAGUGUUGGCCAGUCAAGAACUCUUAUGUCCAAAGGAUGAAAAUGGCGGAGAUGAGAAUGUUGAGAUGGAUGUGUGGGCUUAUUCGAAGAGAUAGGGUUAGAAAUGAAGUUACUCGAGAAAAGAUGGGAGUAGCCUCUGCGGCAGACAAGAUGCAAGAUGCGAGAGGCGAGACUGAGAUGGUUUGGACAUGUACAGUGGAAAGACACAGAUGCACCGGUGAGGAGAUGUGA